AUGAGUCAUUCAAAGAACCAUGAGCAAGAGGAGGCAGAGCUGGCUUUGCUCUCCAACGAAGACUCUCUGUCAACUACAGGAUCUGACGAUCUUGAAGCCAACCAGAAAGAUGCGAACACAACGACCACCACAGAGCCUGAAUACCAGACGCCGACGACCGUGAAGUUUAUAUGGCUCGGAGCCUACUUCCUGUUCAGCAUGCUGCUGACGAUGUAUAACAAACUCAUUCUGGGAUCUUUCAAAUUCCCCUGGCUCCUAACGUGUCUACACACCACUUUCGCAUCGGUCGGAACCUUCGGAUUGUUGAAGCUUGGAUACUUCAAAUUGUCUCGAUUGGGACGCAAAGAGCAUAUGAUCUUGGUGGCCUUUUCGGUGCUUUUCACAGCCAACAUUGCAAUGUCAAAUCUGUCGUUAUCUCUUGUCAGCUUGGCCUUUUUCCAAAUCAUUCGCAACACCGUCCCUAUAUUCACUGUCCUUAUCUAUCGAGUCUGGUUUGGUCGUUCAUAUUUCAUGGCCACCUAUAUUUCCCUCUGUCCUAUCAUCAUCGGUGCGGGAAUGACCACAGUUGGAGAAUAUCACUACUCCGCUAUCGGACUGUUCGUGACUAUCUUUGGAGUCGUUCUUGCCGCUGUCAAGACGGUAACCACCAACCGACUCAUGACCGGAUCCCUAGCUCUCCCAUCCAUGGAGCUACUGUUUCGAAUGUCACCUCUUGCUGCGAUCCAAUCUUUGAUACUAGCCAUCAUUGCUGGAGAGAUUCCAGCUUUUGCAGAUACCAUGUCGCAACGCGCGACGGAGUCCUCGAAGCUUGCUACGGCAGGCACUAUUGCGUUCUUACUCGGAAAUGGACUAUUAGCGUUUUUGCUGAACGUGUCUUCUUUCCAGACUAACAAGCUUGCAGGUGCUCUCACAAUUUCAGUUUGUGGCAACCUCAAGCAGGCACUGACUCUCGCCAUGGGGAUUUUCGUAUUCAAGGAUUUCACCGUGGAUUGGUUAAACGGCUCAGGUAUUUUACUGGUACUGGCUGGCUGUGCAUCCUACAGCAAGGCAGAGCUCGAUUCCAAGAAAAGAGCCGCCCCCACGUCAUAA